AUGGAGGUUCGCGCCGCGUGGGUUCGGCCCGAGCCGUGCCGUUGUGUUGCCCGAUUGGACGAGCGGCUCAGAAAGUCGGGUCCCUGUCCCCGCCAAGAAAUGCAGUUUGCGGUGUCUACCAUCAUACAAUGUGACAACCCCAAUGUCAUCCUCCUGGUCGUCUCCAAGCCUGGUCGCAGUGCCUUUGAUCCUAGCAGAAUAGGGAGCAUAGUGAUGGAGGAUGGCGACAAGUGA